ACGAGAUAGAAGGAUAUUGGGUCAAGGGGUCAGUCUACAAACUGGCGCCGUGUGGAAUACCAUGAUGCUCAUCUUUGUGGCCAGUUUUCUCAGUUCAUUAAUGGCUGUUGCCAGGUGCCAGUACACGGCUGACCAGUUCACCAACGUGACGGAGACUAUAGAGAGUCUGCUCAAGGGAUAUGAUAUCCGUCUGCGGCCCAGCUUUGGGGGUGACCCCCUAGAGAUCGGUAUCGAGGUCAUCCUGGCCAGCUUCGACAGUAUCUCAGAAGUUGACAUGGACUACACCAUCACGAUGUACCUGAACCAGUACUGGCGAGACGAGAGGCUCCAGUUCAUCUUCAACCAAUCGCUGGACCUUGGACACAACAGGAGCGUGACCUCCAUGACCUUGACCGGGGCCUUCGCCGAGAAGAUCUGGGUGCCCGACACCUUCCUGGCCAACGACAAGAACUCCUUCCUGCACGACAUCACGGAGAAAAACAAAAUGGUCCGGCUCAAUGGCGACGGUUCGCUGGUGUACGGCAUGAGGUUCACCACGACACUGGCCUGUAUGAUGGACCUACACAACUACCCGCUCGACCACCAGGAGUGUACGGUAGAGAUCGAGAGCUACGGCUACACCAUGGACGACAUCGUCCUGUACUGGAGGAACGACCGUGGCGCCGUGACGGGCGUGGAGAACGUCUCGCUGCCCCAGUUCUCUAUCACAAACUACGACACCAUCAACAAGAUUGAGGAGCUCUUGACAGGCGACUACCAGCGGCUGUCCCUGAUCUUUCAACUCCAGAGAAACAUCGGCUACUUCAUCUUCCAGACCUACCUGCCGUCCAUCCUUAUCGUCAUGCUCUCCUGGGUCUCGUUCUGGAUCAACCACGAGGCCACGUCGGCCCGGGUAGCUCUAGGCAUCACCACAGUUCUAACCAUGACCACCAUCAGCAACGGCGUCCGGUCCUCACUGCCCCGCAUCUCGUAUGUCAAGGCCAUCGACAUCUACCUGGUCAUGUGCUUCGUCUUCGUCUUCGCCGCCCUGCUGGAGUACGCCGCAGUCAACUACACCUACUGGGGCGCCAGGGCCAAGCGGAAAGCCAAGCGGCUCAGGGAGCGGGCGACCAGCGUCAGGAAACGUGUGGACGAGGGGGAGCCAAUGAACAACACGACCAUCGAGACGAUGGAGCUGAAAGAGGUCCUCGGCCCCCUGGGUAUCACCAACAGCCAGAGCUUCAGUCUGGAGCUGGACGACGGUCAGCAGGACCCCUCCGGCUUCAAGGUGGCGCCACCUGCCUCACGGUCAUUCGCACAUUCGCACAGCACCUCCCACGGCUACAUCCCCAGCACCGUCAGACGGCGCAGCAGUGCACACGUGCCACCGCGCAGGCGCAGACUGUUGUCUCACUUCCGGCAGAAGGCCAAGUCCAUCAAGGUCAAGAUCCCGCGCGUGCAGGACGUCAACACGAUAGACAAGUACGCCAGACUGCUCUUCCCGCUCCUCUUCGUCAUAUUCAACGCCAGCUAUUGGUCAGUCUACUUGAUGACGUAAGAGGCGCGCGUGUUGCAAGUAUGGCGGAUGUGACGUCACUUAGCAACCACUUGCAAACAAACUAUCCAAUCAUGUUAUUGGCAUGACAAGAGUGCUGCCCCUUAUGUUAUUGUUAAACAAUGAUACGUCUUGAUGUAUUCGUUGAGGCUAUGAAAUAACUUAAGCACAAAUAUUCUUGAUAUACAUUAGUUUAUGUGAGGUUUUUUAUCUUGUUUUUGUUUUUUAUUUUGUAACAAGGGAGUGAAUGCCGAA